CAAUUGGAGGCUACAAUGCGCGGUGCAAUCGGCGUGAUCCACCCAGAGCACGAUAUGCAGCUUCGGGAAGAUUCACGCUAGUGGAGCUAUGGUCAGCCUGGCGACUCGAGCAUACCUCAGAGGCAUUUGCAGAAAAGUCAAAUUGGGCAUUCAGACUUAUCAAGGGACUCGCUUUCUUGCGCAGACCAAAAUACAUACCUAAGUACCAAAUGGAUGGCUGUGCGCGGAAUCGAGUGCCACACAUCUCGCCCCCACUUCUCGACAUUUCGGUCGGGUGUACACUUCAGUACGUCACAGCUUGGCACAAGUACGUGCUGCUUGAUCCCGCUUUUGCUCAACUACCAAUCUCGACUGAUCAAUUGCUCUUCGAGGAGCUCGUCUUUGAUACGGUGCAUCUGCGAAAGGAUGGCUCUUCAGGUCAGAUCGAGCUCUUGCCAAACACUGAGCCCUCGAGCUUCCACAUCUUUCGUGUUUUCCACGAAUAUAUCUUUCCAAAGAACGGGCAACAUCAUCUGGAUGUACCUGCCCGAGCGAAUCGCAUUCAUGCAUUGUGGCGUGCCAGACCCGAGCUUGAUGAAUUCGAUCUGACGGUAAAUGACCUUAUAUCUACAUGCGGCAGACUUCUGCCGCAGCAAGUCCUUGCGAUCAUACAUCCGACGCAAUUGCUAUCCUUUCAAUCAACCAUGGAGCUCACAGAUAUGUUGGACUUGUGUCGCUCUGGAGCAGAAACCACGCCGAGUUCCGAACCGAGACCGAUAUGUGUACCUCCAAUACGCCUUAUUCUAGGGUCUGAAAUGGGUAAUAUGCACUCCCGGCAGCAUGCAUCGCUAAUUAACCUCAGAAAUGGAAAUUUUAAAGAAACUUGCGAUUGGUUCUGUGGCUUCUAUGAUGUUGGGAAGCAGUCAGCUAGAUCACCUAGACGCUGCACCACAUCCGGCCUUGUCUUCCACUUCACAGGGAUUGCUCGAUAUGAAAGAUUCAAGUGUACAGAUGCGACAGCGCAUUGUGCAUUGACGCAUGAAAACGAACAUUGCGGUCAAGAUGGCAAGAGACCGGUGUGGCUAUCGGGGUCGGACUUAAUGGGGACACCAGUGAUGCUACUGGGCUCUGACCUCAGGCCUCUCGCCCUUGUAGAAGACAGUGCACAAUGUGGCGCAUCUGUAGUUGCCCUCUACUUGCAGUCUCGCCACAAGUCCAGCUGCGCCGUGCUUGACGCUGAUUGUUCGUGCGUCGCAAGUGAAGAUGUUCAAGUACAUGGAAGGUUAGCCCGAAAAUUGGCUGCAAGAGAGGCGUGGUCAAGGCGUUCUUGCGCAUGAACCCUUGGCCAACAACAAGUUCUGAGAGCAAUACGUUAGCUCUUUCUAGAGAGCCAGGGAAGGAAGUAUGAUUGCCAGAUGUCGCUCGGAACGAGCAGCAUUGGAAGAAGAGGGGUGCGCCAAAGCGGCCCAACUAUUUGUGGUUCAAUCAGCUCAAUGGCACUGAGCCUUGAAAGGGAUAGAGAGCAACAAGUAUCCAUAAGUGCGCCCUCAAUGGCUUUUCUCAAAGCACGAU